AUAGACCGAAUUUUAAAAAUACCAAUAUUCAACUGUAAGAAGUUGCACCAAAAUGAGUCAAACAGUUUUGAAAAUUUGUAUUCUGGCUUUUGUGAUAAUUUCACAAACUGAAGCCAAAUUCUAUAACGAUAAUUUGAGUAUCAACAGUAGAGUGCCCGGAGAUCAAGAGAUUUUACGAUCAAAUGCCGUUCAAAAUCUUAAUUUUUACGCAAAGGUAUCCAUUGAAGCACGUUAUCCGGAGGAGCUUCCACAUUCGGGUUAUACAUUGAGUCAUGUUUAUUUGACAGGACAAGAUGAUACUGGCUAUAUCGAUGCUAGAUUUGAUCAAGGCGGCCCAGGUGAAGAUUAUAUGAGAAUGAAGAUCUUUUUCAAUUCCAUUCAAAAUGGAAAAUUCCAAUUAUUCCUUUAUGGAAAAAAGAAAUAAAUUGAUGUUCUUAACUAUUUUGUGAAAAUUUA